UUGUUGUUCAUUUGUUGUCGAUUGUUUGUGUUGUGUUUGAGUGUUCGGCAAUAAACAAUUCGCCUGCAAAAUGCCGAAGAAAAAUGCUUUCUUUUAUUUUAUCAUCGAUUACAAACACCGUGAGGAGUCGAAAGGGCGCAGAUUCCGUGGCCUGCAAGACGUGUCGCGAAUCGCAGGACCGAUUUGGAAGGACAUGGACGAACAGCAACGUGCGCCGUACGUAGCAAAAGCAAAGCAAGGUAAUGAACAGGACAGGAAAAACCACGAAAGAUUAAGCUGUCAUGGGGUACCAUUAUCAACGCUAGUGGCUGAAGAGCGUGCUGUGAAGUCGAAAACCGCACUCAUCCGGAGCCGCGUAGAAAAGAUGAUAAGAAACGCAGCUGAAAACAAUAAAUUGGAGCAUCUCGAAUUCUACUUCGUUUCAUGUGGCUAUUUCUGCCCCCUAUCCGACGGCAGGUACGUGCCUGCAGAAAUUGGCGCUAUCCGUUACAGCCUAGAGGGUGGCGUAAUGGCAAAGUUUCACACCCUCAUUAAUCCCGGCCCGCUCCCACUGGGAAAAUCGUUAGAAGCGAAGGAGCACUCGAAUAACUUCCAUCAGCUUCCAAUACCACCCGAUGCGCUGGGUGAAACCAACUUUGAGCAUAUAGCAAACAAACUGCUUACUUUUCUCCAGCAUUCCGAAAAGAAGAUGCCUUUGCUGUUCACAGACCGAAAUGGCAUUCCGCAUGUGGAGAGCAUCUUAACGGAUAUUUUAAAUGCAAAGACGACCGGUUUGGAGAUUGUUGUAUGUCCACUAGCUGAGAUGUUUUUCGUACUGAAAAAGACCGUUUUGCACUACAGUCUCAGUCUUCCGGAAGGCUUCCCGUCGGAGAGCGUUCCUCAGAUGUUGAUCGAUAGGGAUUUGUAUGCCUACACCGAGAAUAUCAGCUGUGCAUUUCACGAAGAGAAAGGAAACGGAGUAGACUGUGCCCAGUCGCGCUGCGUCCGCUGGGCAUACGCUAUUUCGGACAGCUGCUGCCUUGAUAUGCACAUUGAUAUGCUGCCAGGAGUGCACAUGCCGUUGAACGGCGCCACUCUGGGUGAGAUUGCCUCACGCUCACAUGGUUUGGACUCGUCUUCGGCAUCCAGCAAACAAAACUCUAGCGAGAAGAGACUAACUGGAACCAACCCAGGAAAUAAUGCGGUUUUCAUCUCCGGCAGCGAUAUGUCUUAUGGCUGUGAUCGUGGAACGUAUUCAAAUCAGGAUUCUUCGGAUAGCGUCGGAGAAGAAAGGUUUGAGUUUGAUAACAACAGUGCGGCCGGACUCAGCUCUAUCCUCCCAUCAGGGUUGGUACCUCAAGUGCGGGGAAUUGGCCGUGGUCGUAGGAUCCAGUUUGACAACACUCCUCCACUGCCUUGGAAUCAUCAACCACGUAAAUAACUGCUAUUACGACAUGGCUCUCUCUUUCUUUUCGAUUGUUUUUUUAUACACCACAUAAGUCUCACUACACAGCAGGCCAAACCAGGAUGUCUCAUUUGGAGCCUUUUGCAUAGUGAGGUGAUGGUUCUUCCAGUGAUUAAGAGGAUUUGAAUGCCAGGCCCAAAAUAAUUGCCAGAACUGUGAGAAUUCUGAGAAUUUCUCUGAGCCUAAACUAGUCAGCCGAUAUUACGAACGGCUGACCACCGAUGUAUAAUAUACCGUCUUUCGGUCACAGUAACUCUCUUCGGAGAGGCCUUGUCCCACUUUGGGAUGUUGUGCCACAUAAGAAGAAAAUAGUAUAGUUAUCCCGAAUGUGGAUCAUUAUGUAGACAACAGUACAAAGGACAAUUUCUCAGUUUUGCAAUUGCAAAAUAAUUGUUCCUCACAAAGUAAAUGGCAUUUUUUGCUGGUUUGCCUACUGUGUAAUGACUAUAAUGGUAUCCUCCGUAAAUGGUAUAAAUUCUCCAUGUGACAAUGGUGCCAUGAAUUGUUUGUUUGACAAUGUUACCCUGAAACUGUCCAACGAUAUAUUUUACAACUUGAAACUCGUUUAACCCCUUCACAGUUUUGUCCGGCUUGGGUAGUUUUUGUUGCCUGUUUUUUUUUCGUUGUGCGACGUUGUUUCUAAGUGCACCUGCUUCAAAAACACGUCAUUACUUGUUUGUACAUUUCCAAAAAUUGAAACAAAAUUUCAAAAUUUCAAACAAAGAAAUUGAACAAAAUUUAACCAGUAUUGAUCCAAAUCACAAAAAAUCCUAAAAAACUCAGCGGCUGUGAAGGGGUUAAAAUAAAACUUAAUUUAACGUAAACGCGAUAGUCCGUAGACGAUAUGUUUAUUGAAAGAAAUAACAAAAAAAUAAAUAAAUAGUACACACCACAACAACCUUUGUACCUCACCUAGGUGCAUGCAAUAAACGUCUCGUUAG